CAAAGGGUAGUGAGUGCCUGGAACGUGCUGCUAGAGGUGGUGGAGGAAGCAGACACAAUAGCAACAUUCAGGACACACUGGACAAAUGCACAAAUAGGAAGCGAAAAGAGGGAUACAGAUCCUGUAAGUGAAGGCAGUUUUAGUAUGGAAUGGCAAAAUGUGGUGGCGCAGGCUUGGAGGGCCAAAGUUCCUGGUCCCAUGCUAUUUUGUUCUUUUGUUCUUGUUCAGUUGAGAUACUCAUGAGUUGACGGAAGAUCUCUUGUUUGUUAAACUUGUAAAAUCCAUACAUUCUUGUUCCGUGGAUCUGUUGUUCAGUAUGUACGUGUUCACACUGACCUGAGACUAUUUAGGUGCUUUCACCGCGGCAGUGUGUUUAGUUGGUCAUGCGAACGCACUGUACUCCUGAAAAUUCACACCAGAGUGAGGCCGCUUUCAUGCUUUGAGUGUGAGAAGGGAUUCACUCAGUCAGUCCUAGAAUCCAACAUCUUUGAUGUAUGAAUGUUGCUGAACAAAGAUAUAUUUUUUCAAAACUUUCCACCUUACACUCAUCACAACGAUUUGCAAUGCAUUAUAAGAAGGAUGUGGAAGCAUUGGAAACGGGGCAGAGGAGAUUUACCAGGAUGUUGCGUGGUGUGGAGGGAAGGUCUUAUGUGGAAAGGCUGAGGGAUUUGAGGCUGUUUUCGUUAGAGAGAAGAAGGUUUAGAGGUGACCUAAUAGAGACAUACAAGAUGAUCAGAGGAUUAGAUAGGGUGGACAGUGAGAGCCUUUUUCCUCGGAUGGUGAUGGCUAGCACGAGGGGGCAUAGCUUUAAAUUGAGGGGUGAUAGAUAUAGGACAGAUGUCAGAGGUAGGUUCUUUACUCAGAGUAGUAAGGGUGUGGAAUGCCCUGCCUGCAACAGUAGUAGACUCGAUAAAUUUUUAAGGGCAUUUAAAUGGUCAUUGGAUAAACAUAUGGAAGAUAACAGAAUAGUGUAGGUUAGUUGGGCUUCAGUUGUUGCACUGACCUGUGAAACCAUCGAGGGCCGAAGGGCCUGUACUGUGCUGUUAUGUCCUAUGUAUGAGCAAUUCAAGGGGGAAAAAAAUCAAGGUUUAUACAGAAUGAGACGAGUGUUCUGAUUUGUUGGCAGAUGGAAUCUGAUUGAUUGGUAGAGGUGUUGCCAUGCAGUUAAUUUCAAGACUGAAAAUUUCAACAGAAAUUGCCUUUGGUCAAUAAUAAUCAAAUCUGUAUUCCCAAAUAUAUAUUUUUAAAAAGUGUAAAAUCUAAAAGGCAUUCGGUGGGACCGGAGUGUGUGUAACUCGUUCAAAUGUGGCGUGACAGCUUGAGAGAGUGCUUUAAGAAGUAUUGCAUGUCCUCUGCUUUUUUUCUCAUAAAUGUAUGGAGGACAGUCAUAGCAGUGUAGAUGGUAGUGAAUGUGAAGUUAUCCAUUUUGGAUGAAAAAAUAGAAAGAUCAGGGUACUUGGCAGGUGGUAUGAAGUUAAAUGUAGUGGAUAUCCAAAGAGACCUCAUGGUUUGAGUGCAUAGAUCUUUAAAGUGCCACAGAAACGUGAGAAUAAUAAUCAAGAUGGCUAUGGAAUCCUAACCUUUAUAUUCAGCAGGUUGGAGUAUAAGGAUGCAGAGAUUAUGGUGCAGCUAUACAAAAUCCUGGUUAUUCCCUUGAAGUACGGUGAGCAGACCUGAGCACCAUUCCAUAGGAAGGAUAUAUUGGCCUUGUAGAGAGUUUAGUGUAGGUUUACAACAACAAUACCUGGACUUCAGAGGUUAAGAUAUACAGAUUAUACAAAUUACAUCGCUUUUCUCUGGAACUUAAAAGUUAAGGGGUGAGCUGUUCAAAGCCUGCAAGAUGUUAUAGUAAUACACAAAGACAGGGUAGAGUUCCACUUGUUCUACAACUAAGGGACAUAAUCUAAAAUUUGAGCCAGACCAUUCCGGAGAGAUGUUAGGGAGCACUUCUACACAAGGGACAGUAGAGAUUUGGAACUCUCUUCCACAAACACUCGUUCAUAUGAGAUCAGUUGAGAAAUUUAUUAACCUCUGGUUUAAAAUUUUGAUAAACAAAAGCGUGUGAAAUUGUGUCUCUCAAACUUGAUUGAGUUUUUUGAGGAUGUGAUCACAAAGAUAGAUGAGAGCACAGCGGUAGACUUUAGUAAAGCCUUUGACAAGAUCCUGUGUGUUGGACUGAUUAGUAAAGUUAGAUUGCUUAGGAUUCAGGGAGACUUUGCCAAUUAGAUACAAAAUUGGCUUGGUGGUAGCACACAAGCGUGGUAAUGGAGGAUUGUUUUUCAGGCAAAGGAGCCUAUGAGGAGUGAUAUUUUGCAGGGUUUGGUGCUGGGUCCACCAAUGUUUGUCAUUUAUAUAAAAGAUUUGGAUGAGAAUUUAGGAAGCAUGGUUAGUAAGUUUGCAGAAGACACCAAAAUUAUUGGCAAACAGUGAGCAAUGAAGAAGAGUAUCUAAGAUUACAUAAGGCUCUUGGUCAAUUGGGACAAUGAGCUGACGAGUAGCAGAUAGUUUAAUUUGGAUAAAUGUGAGGUGUUGCAAUUUGGUAAGACAAAUAGAGACAGUACGUAUACAGUUAAUGGUAGGGUCCUGGACAGUGUUGUUGAACAGAGAGACCUUGGGGUUAAGGUACAUAGUUUUUUGAAAGUUGUGCCCCAGGCUGGUUAAGAAAGUAUUAGCAUGCUUGGCUUCAUUGAUCAGAGCAUUGAGUAUAGGAGUUGGAAGUUGGGUUGCGGUUGUACAGAACGUUGGUGACGCCAUUUUUGGAGUACUGUGUACAGUUUGGUCAUACUGCUAUAUGUAGGAUAUUAUGAAAUUGGAGAAGGUUCAGAAAAGAUUUCCAAAGAUGUUGCCAGGACUGGAGGUGUGUGUUGUAAGGAGAGGAUGGAUAGGCUAGGACUUUUUUUUUCUCUGGAGUAAAGGAGAUUGACAUAUUUAUAAAAUCAUGAGGGGCAUAGAUAAGGUAAAUGGCAGACAAACGUUCCCUAGGGAAGGGGAGUUCAAAAUGAGAGGACUUUUUUUUAAGGUGAGAGCAGAAAGAUUUAGAGGGGACCUAAGGGGCAGAUUUCUCACUGAUUGGUACAUACAUGGAAUGAACUUCCAGAGGAGGUAGUAGAUGCAGGUACAAUUAUACAACAAUUUAGAAGACAUUUAGACUUGUAUAUGAAUAGGAGAGGUUUAGGGGUAUAUGUGCCUAUUGCAGGCAAAUGCGAUUGGUGUAAUUUGCGAAACUUGGCUGUCAUGAACAAGUUGAACCGAAAAGUCUGUUUCCAUGCUGUAUGACUCUGAGGCAUUAAGGAAUCUGGACGAAACGCACAUAUUAGGCCACAGAUCAGCCAUGACCUCAUUGAAUGGCAAAACAAGCUUGAGGGCUGAAUGACCUUCUCCUGUUGCUGUGUCGCUAAGAGAAUGCCCUUGUAACUGAAGAGUUCAAAAGCCGGAGCAGGCUAGACAGAAUAAAUAGGGAGAAACUGUUCCCAUUUGAGAGGACACAAAUGUAACAUGAUUAGUAAAAGAAUCAAAGGUUUUCUAAGGAAAACCUUACUCAUGCAGCAAGUGUUUAGGUUCUGGAAGGCACUGCUAGACAGUGUGGUGAAGGUGGGUUCAGUUGCCAUUUUGAAAAGGGAAUUAAAUGGUUAUUUGAAAAAUAAGAAUGUGAAGUGCUAUGGGAAGGAGAUGGGAAAGAGUCAUACAGCAUGGAAUCAGACCCGUUGUUCCUUUGUCAUCCAUGCUGACCAGAUAUCCUGAAUUAAUCUAGUUCCAUUUGCUAACUUCUGGCCCAUAUUUUGCUAAACCUUUUGUAUUCAUGUACCUAUCCAGAUGCCUUUUAAAUGUUGUAAUUGUACUAGCUUCCACCACUUCCUCUAGCAGCUUAUUUCUCACUCACUCACUCACUCACACACAACACUCUCUGCGUGAAUAAGUUUAAGUUGCCCUUUAGGUCCCUUCUAGAUCCUUCCCCUCUCACUUAAACCUAUGGCCUCUAAUCUUGGUCUUGCCUACCCUGAGAAAAUGACCUUAGCUAUUCAUUCUAUCCAUGCCCCUCCUGAUUUCAUAAAUUCUAUAAGGUCAUUCCUCAGCCUAAAACGUUCCAGGGAAAAUAACCCCAGCCUGUCUCCUUGUAGCUCAAACCUUCCAACCCUGGCAACAUCCUUGUAAAUCUUUUCUGUGCCCUUUCAAGUAAACAUCUUUUCUAUAACAGGGAGACUUGAAUUGAACACAUUAUUCCAAAAGUGGCAUAACUAAUGCCCUGUAGAUCUGCAACAUGACAUUCCCGACCUAUACUCAAUGGACUGAAGCUCUUUUGAGAGCCGAAGCAAACACACUGUGCGCUUCCGGAAAUGCAACAAUUCUUAAAAUAGGUGUAUGUCACAUUAUCGCAAACAGUCUGUGGCUCAUAUGGGUGUGUUAUUGUGGUUUAUUUACUGAAAUUGACAUUGCGUCUCCGUCUUUAUUUUGAAUUUUAUAAACGAAACGAGGCUGCAUUACGUUCUUUCGACUUUUUAAUGGCGGACAGUCUACCCAUACUCCCCGGCGGUGCGGAAUGUGCCUAUCUGCAUGAUGGGGUGGUAGAGCGCAGGCGCAAAGUUAACGGCGGAUGGAGUCAGUGAUGGCGAAGGACAGGAUUUCUUUUCUCAGCUCCUGAAACGUCACGAAUGAAGCGGAAACAAAUGGCUAUUGGUUCGGGCGCGUGGAUGGAGACGUAUCGUAAGCAUUUUGUAAUAUUACAAGAGUAAUCGCAGACUGGAAUCUCAACCCAAACAUCACAUCAAAACCUGACUGCCACUCGAUGUGUCCAGACGUUUAUCAGAACUGAGUCUAGAAACCGAGAGACACCAUUUCAGAGGCAAUUUGUAUUAAGGGUUUGAGGAGGAGAGGGUUUGGAGACAAGGAAGUCAAUCCAAAAUUCACAGAAAAAUCAGCCAAUCUGUUGUAACCAGAGUGUCAUCAGAUUUUGAACAUGGAAAGAAAAGGCACCAUUCACGGUGAAGAGAAACCAUACACAUGCUCUGUGUGUGGUCGAGGCUUCAGCCAAUCAUCUGACCUGUUAAGACACAAGCGCUGUCACACUGGUGAGAAACCGUACACGUGCUCUGUGUGUGCACGAGCCUUUAGCCAAUCGUCUGGCCUGUCAGAGCAUAAAUGUAGUCACACCGGGGAGAAACCGUGGAAAUGCACAGACUGUGGGAAGGGAUUCAUUUCUCCAUCGAAGCUGGAAACCCAUCGACGCAGUCACACAGGGGAGAGGCCAUUCACUUGCUCUACGUGUGGGAAGGGAUUCACUGCCUCAUCCCAACUCCGGAGGCACCAGCGAGUUCACACAGGGGAAUGGCUGUUUACCUGCUCCGACUGCGGAAAGGGAUUCACUCAGUCAACCCACCUGCUCGAGCACCAGCGGGUUCACACCGGGGAGAAGCCAUUCACCUGCUCGGAGUGUGGGAAGGGAUUCACUCAAUCAUCCCACCUGCUUAAACACCAGAGAGUUCACACUGGGGAGAAGCCAUUCACCUGUUGCGUGUGUGGGAAGGGAUUCACUCAGUCAUCCAACCUGCUGCUACACCAGCGAGUUCACACCGGGGAGAGACCGUUUACCUGUGCUGAAUGUGGGAAGGGUUUCACUGUGUCAUCUGACUUGUUGAGACACCAGCGGGUUCACACUGACGAGAGACCGUUUAAAUGCUCAGACUGUGGCAAGUGCUUUAAAAGUUCUGGGGACCUGAUGUCCCAUCAGCGUGUUCACACGGACGAGAGGCCAUUCAUUUGCUCUCAUUGUGGGACUGGGUUCAGGCGAUCCUCCCAACUGACUGUACACCAGCGAGUUCACACUGGGGAGAGACCGUUCACUUGCCCCGAGUGUGGGAAAGGAUUCCCUCAGUUAUCCCACUUAUUGAAACAUCAGAGAAUUCACACUGGAGAGAGACCGUUCACCUGCUCCAAAUGUGGGAGGGGAUUCACUCAGUUAUCACACCUGCUGAGACACCAAAGUGUUCACAAUGAGGGGGCUAGGGUGGCAACAGAGUGUGGCAGCAGCUCGGGCCCGGCACAAGCCCGGAUGGCGUUAGCAGCCAGUGGUGGAGCUCGGCAGCUGAGGCGGUUGAUUGCAAAAGAUGGUGGCAGCGUUGACAGAGUCUCACUGGCAAUGCCUUACCCUUACACUGCCACAUUUACCUCUGGUUUUGCCAAACAGUGCCACCUAGGCCUCCACUUAAUUCACAUCAGCACAUUGCCCACAGCAUCGGAAAACAGUGUUUGUCAUCAAAUGGACACUGACAGCUCCCAGCUCUGGUUCACCAGCACCUCUCCACUGUUGUUCAAUGAUUUUACAGUCUCUUUGCUAUUCAGUGCCAUUGUUUUAAAUCCCUCACUCCCAAGUGAACCAGACUUUAAGCAGCUUCAGGUCAUGUUUGAUCCCAAGCCCCUGGCACAGAAUAGCUACGCGGCCCAGGACUCCUGUGGAUUGCAAGUCAGUCCAGUGAAUAGUUAUAUGGCUCAAGGACUCAUGCGGAUUGCGGCCUUUCCCACUGAGUGGCUACAUGGCCCAGGGAAUCCUCCGAGAUUCAGGCUGGAAACGCGGGACGCGUCCGGGAACCCCAUACUCUCAGUGACGUCACCCAACAGUCGGCGCAUGCGUCAUGCUCACCCCGGAGACAAAAUUUCGGAAGGAUUUGCAGUGAGGAAACUGACAUGUGAAAUCUGCAUCACGCCAGGACCUGAAUGUUUUUGGAUUCUGAACAUGGAAGCAGAAAGCACCGUUCACAACAGGGAGAAACCAUACACAUGUUCUCUGUGUGGACGAGUCUUCAGCCAUUCCUCUGGCCUGUCGAGACACAAGCUCAGUCACACUGGUGCGAAACCGUGGAAAUGUGGGGACUGUGGGAAGGCAUUCACAUCACCUUCUGAUCUGGAAAGGCAUCGGCGCAGUCACACUGGGGAAAGGCCAUUCACCUGUUCCAAAUGUGGGAAGGGAUUCAACCAGUUAUCCAACCUGCUGCAACACCAGCAGGUUCACACUGAUGAGAGACCUUUUAGAUGUCCAGACUGUGGGAAGUGCUUUAAAAGGUCUUGGGACCUGAUGUCCCAUCAACGUGCCCACACUGAUGAGAGACCAUUCAGAUGUUCUCACUGUGGGACAGGAUUCAAGAAAUCAUAUAAUCUCACCUUACACCAGCGACUUCACACUGGGGAGAGGCCGUUCAUCUGUUCAGAGUGUGGGAAGGGAUACACUCAAUUGUGCAACCUGCAGACACACCAGCGAGUUCACACUGGGGCACGACCAUUCACCUGCCCUGACUGUGGGAAGGGAUUUACUCAGUCAGCCCACCUGUUAAGACACCAGCAAGUUCACAAGAAAUCAUGAUGUUUGCGUUUUGCUGUGAAUCAUGUCCAAGGUACAACCGUGUUCUCUGGAAUUUGUCUCUGCUAAUAUAAAUAGACCACAGUCUAGUUAUAUGUUAAUAUUCUGGAUAAAUUCAAAUAAACCAGCUUUGU